UGUACCUUAGUCUCGGUAUAGAGCUUUUAGCCGCAAACUUUUUUCUGUGCACUCUGCGAAAAAGUAUUUUAAGCACAUGCUCAAAGGUAGGCCAUUUAUUAUCCUCACGGACCACAAACCACUUUGCAUUCACCACUUACGUGCGCUACAAAAAGUAUGCGGACAAUGUUGUCACAGAUUCCAUGUCCUGCUAUAAACUUAUUACGUUCUGUGAAAUAGUGGGCGUCAAUUACACAGCCAUGGAGUAUAUUCAGAGUGACAUGUAG